UAGACAGAGACAGAGCAGAUAUCUGUAGAGUAAAGUUUGGUGUAUUCUACCAGAUUCAUCAGACCCCCCACACACUCACCACCCACCAGCUACCUUAGCUUUUCUCUCUCUAACUCUUUAUCUCUUUUCUCUCUCUAGAACGCUCUAUCUUUGCUUUAUCUUUCUCUCUCACUCCCUAGAUUCCACAGAAGCAACUUCCAUUGUUGCAAUCUUAUCAACAAUCCAUCCACCGCUUCAAUGAAUCCCUCUGAAUCUUCAUCACACACUCAGGUCUCAAGCAUUCAGAUCUGAGGCUGUGAACGAAGCUUUUUGGUUUAUAUGGUGGAUGGUUCAUGAGAUCAUUUUACAGUUUUGAUGUACUAAAAGAUCUAGAGUUUUAACUUUUUUUUGCUUUUUAUCUCCUUGCAUUUUCAAUCUUCAACUUCUCAUUCUCUCUCGAUCUCUCUAUUACGUUAUCUAAGCUCUGUUUUGCUAAAUUUCCCAAGAUUUACGAAACCGGGUUUGUUUCUAGUAGUAACGGCUAAGUAAAACUUUCACUCCGAUCCCUCAAGAUAUAUAUAUAUAUAUAUAUAUAUAAAUUUUAAAAUUUUUUGUUUUUCUGGAAGUUUUGUUUUUUAAACAUUUAUUUUCCGAUAGUUUUUCAGCAACAACUUGGUAUCUGUGUUUUGGGUUGGUCUUGUUUAGACCCAGAAAAUGCAGAGACCUCCAAUGGAAGAUUUUUCGCUAAAGGAGACCAAGCCCCACCUUGGUGGUGGGAAGGUCACUGGGGAUAAGCUCACGAGCACCUAUGACCUCGUGGAGCAGAUGCAAUAUCUCUAUGUUCGGGUUGUCAAAGCAAAAGAUUUACCUGCAAAAGAUGUUACUGGUAGUUGUGACCCUUACGUUGAAAUUAAGCUUGGGAACUACAAGGGUACAACUCGGCAUUUUGAGAAAAAAACAAAUCCCGAAUGGAACCAGGUGUUUGCAUUCUCCAAGGAACGGAUUCAAGCUUCGAUGCUUGAGGUUACUGUCAAGGAUAAGGAUUUUGUGAAGGAUGAUUUUAUAGGUCGGGUGUUGUUUGAUCUCAACGAGGUCCCAAAACGGGUUCCACCUGAUAGUCCUCUGGCACCUCAAUGGUAUAGGUUGGAAGAUAGGAAUGGGAAUAAGGCUAAAGGAGAGCUGAUGUUGGCUGUUUGGAUGGGUACUCAAGCUGAUGAAGCAUUCCCUGAUGCUUGGCAUUCGGAUGCUGCUACAGUUAGUGGUGCUGAUGGUCUUGCAAACAUUCGUUCAAAGGUGUAUCUCUCGCCUAAGCUAUGGUAUCUGAGGGUCAAUGUGAUUGAAGCUCAGGACUUGAUGCCAGGUGACAAGAGUAGGUUCCCUGAAGUUUUUGUGAGGGCUAUUCUCGGUAAUCAGACUUUGAGAACUAGAAUUUCCAUGAGUAAGACUAUCAAUCCGAUGUGGAAUGAGGAUUUGAUGUUUGUGGCAGCAGAACCAUUUGAAGAGCCCUUGAUUUUAAGUGUGGAAGACAGAGUUGCGGCCAACAAGGAGGAAGUUCUGGGGAGGUGUGCAAUUCCUUUACAGUAUGUGGACCGGAGAUUGGAUCAUAAACCCAUUAACUCUAAGUGGUAUAAUCUGGAGAAGCAUGUUAUCGUUGAAGGGGAGAAGAAGAAGGAAGUCAAGUUUGCGAGCAGGAUUCACAUGAGGAUCUGUUUGGAAGGUGGUUAUCAUGUUCUGGAUGAAUCAACCCACUACAGUAGCGAUCUCAGACCUACUGCAAAACAACUGUGGAAGUCCAGCAUUGGGGUUCUGGAAUUGGGGAUUCUGAGUGCUCAGGGUUUGUCACCUAUGAAGACGAAAGAUGGGCGGGCGACAACCGAUGCUUAUUGUGUGGCCAAAUAUGGGCAGAAGUGGGUUCGGACAAGGACAAUUAUUGAUAGCUUUACUCCCAAAUGGAAUGAGCAAUACACUUGGGAGGUUUAUGAUCCGUGUACUGUCAUUUCUGUUGGUGUAUUUGAUAACUGUCACUUGCACGGCGGGGGAGAUAAGGCUGGAGGUGCAAGGGAUUCAAGGAUUGGAAAGGUUAGAAUUCGUCUUUCUACCCUUGAAACUGAUAGGGUUUACACACAUUCAUAUCCACUUUUGGUUUUACAUCCAUCUGGAGUGAAGAAGAUGGGUGAAAUUCAUUUGGCUGUGAGGUUUACAUGCUCCUCUCUCCUCAAUAUGAUGCAUUUGUACUCUCAUCCACUGUUGCCAAAAAUGCAUUAUCUUCAUCCUUUGACUGUCAAUCAGCUUGAAAGCUUGAGGCAUCAGGCCACUCAGAUUGUAUCCAUGAGGCUGAGUCGCGCUGAACCACCGUUGAGAAAAGAGGUGGUGGAGUAUAUGUUGGAUGUUGGUUCCCACAUGUGGAGCAUGAGAAGAAGCAAGGCUAAUUUUCUCAGGAUUAUGGGAGUUUUGGGGGGUUUAAUUGCUGUGGGAAAAUGGUUUGAUCAGAUAUGCAAUUGGAAAAACCCUAUUACAACAGUUCUGAUUCACAUCUUGUUCCUAAUACUGGUUUUGUAUCCAGAGCUUAUUCUGCCCACCAUUUUUCUCUACCUUUUCUUGAUUGGGGUGUGGUACUACAGAUGGAGGCCAAGGCAUCCUCCACACAUGGACACUCGUCUCUCUUGUGCUGAUAACGCACAUCCUGAUGAACUGGAUGAAGAAUUUGAUACUUUUCCAACUUCCCGUCCUAAUGAUAUUGUGAGGAUGAGGUAUGAUCGUUUGAGAAGUAUUGCAGGCAGGAUUCAGACAGUGGUUGGUGAUUUGGCAACUCAAGGGGAGAGGCUGCAGUCCUUGCUGAGCUGGAGAGAUCCAAGAGCUACUGCCCUGUUUGUGAUUUUCUGCUUGGUUGCUGCAAUAGUUCUCUAUGUUACACCAUUCCAAGUUGUGGCGCUUAUCACUGGAUUUUACGUGUUAAGGCACCCAAGGUUCCGUCAUAAGCUGCCUUCAGUGCCCCUCAAUUUCUUCAGGAGGCUGCCUGCAAGAACUGACUGCAUGUUAUGAGCAAAGCCACCGCCAGUUUUUUAAGCCUUCUAUUCUAUUCUCCUUCAAUGUUUAUUAAGCACCGCCAGUUCAAAACCAGUUGGGGAAGAAGAUGCGGAGACUUAUGGAGCUUGCUUGCUUUCUUUCACCUAGCAGUGUGGUGAAUAUUGGGUCCCGGUAUGAUGUGUUAUCUCUCUCUCUCUCUCUCUCUCUCUCUCUCUCUCUCUCUGUGCUUAGUAGAUUUUGUGGAUUUGCAGUUUAUUUAUAUGCCUUCAUAGGGUUCCUUAUUCAAAGUUGACUCUGGUACUCCAUGUUGAUUUGUAAUUUUGUAGGUUGUGAUCUGGAUUUAAUCUUGUCCUGGACAAACUAGAUGCUUAAUUUUACUAGUUUAUUUGUCUAUUUGAUGGGUUGGACUGCAAAAUACCAAUUUUAUGUUU